AUGCUCGAUCCUGUCUCAUUAGGGAUUGCUUUAACCUGCAUUGCUUUUAUCAUCGCAAUCAUUUUCUUCGUUUCUAGUAGAGGUGAUGAUUUUGAUAAGGUAUAUGAUGAGAAUACGCGAAAGCUCUUGGCUCAAAAUAAGGAGAAAGGGAAAGCUAAAGUGAAGGUAGUUAAGAAGAAAGAGAAAAAAACAGAGAAAGUUCAUGAUACCAAAAAAAGUGAUGCUGUUUGUACAGAUAAUGAUAUUCAGAAAGAAGAAAUCAUCGAGGAAGCUCAACUAGUAGAAGAACAGAUAAAGGUAACCGAAACUUCACAAAACGAAAUAGUUCCAACAACACCUAGUGCCGAAGUCAAUUCAUCCGACGAAUCUGAUGGAAAGAAGAAGAAGAAGAAAGCGAAGAAAGUUGAGAAGACUGAGAAAAGUGAGAAUAUUGGUUUGUCUUCUGUUCAAGAAAAGAAACCAAAAAAGAAAGCUAUUACCUUGUCGUCGUUAGAUAGUAACAAGGUUCUUACGCGCUUUGCAUCUGUUGAAGAUGUUGAACCAGAAUACAUUAGCUUUUUGGCUACACAUUUUGAUGACACCACAGAGAAGAUCUCUUUCUUAACAAGGGAGGUUCAAGAAUCUACCAGAAUGUUCGAAACUCAGAGAGAUGCUCGUCUUGCAAUCGAAAGAAAACUGAAAGAACAACAAAAGGACUUGACAGUUAAACUUCAAAUGGUUGAAGCCAUGACAAUAGAGCGACAAACGACUCAAAAGGAGAUUGUAAACCUUAGAACUACUCUUCAAGCCAUGUCCGCCAGUCUCAAGCAGAGUGCUAGCAUUAAGGAUGAAUUGGAAUCUCUUAAAGCCGAAAAAAACAGGGAGUCAGUGCAUCUUUCUAAUCUCCAGAAUGAAUUGAAGACUGCUGUUGCUCAGACUUCUGCAUUAAAAUCUGAGAAUGAAAGUAUCACUGCUAGUUUCGAGAGUUUGAAGAAAGAAUUUGUAAGUCUCGAAAGUGUAUUGAAAGCUCAAAAACUCAAUAGUGAGAAAAAUAUUGAAGCUGGACGUGAUCAAGAGAAACUCUUAGUAUCUCAUCAGAAAGAGAAAGAGGAGUGGACCUCGAAACAAGAGAAACUCUUAGAAGAAUAUAGAUCUCUUCAAUUAAUCGUAGCUGAUUUGAAUCAGGAAGUCGGCAAGUUCGAAGAGCAUAAGAAGCAAGUUGAUUUAAGAGAGUCCCAGCUCGAGACAAAAUGGGUGAAGAAGGAGCAAGAAUUAAUUAAGAAGUUCGAAGCUUUACAAAACGAAAAUGGAAAACUAGCUGAUGAACUUAAUAGUCAGCAAGAGCAGAAUAAACGAUUACAGAUUUCUCAUGAAGAAAACGUAGCUAAACUUUCUGUACAAGUGAAUACUUUGCAAGCGAAAGGACAAGAGAACGGUGUCAAACCGGGGAAGACUGUUUCAGAUGACUCAAGCAAAAUUAAUGCUGAGAACGAUUCUUUGCGUUUGAAAAAUCAAGAGCUUCGUGAGCGCAAUUUCAAAAUACUUGAAAACUUCCGUGAGCUCGAAAACCGAGUUAGUGGAACUGCUGCAGUAAAACAGAAUGUGGAAGAAAAGAAAAAUGACGACGUUACUGAUCGUUUCAACAAACUGGUAAAUGCAAUCAACAAAUCUCUUAGUCUGUCAAAAACUGCCAUCAAGGAUGACAAAUCAUAUACCACUUGGCUAGAUUCUGUGUCUGCUAAAAUUGCAGAGCGCAAUACGAGGCCGGAGAGCGAAAAGGAUUCCAAGCACUGUGAGGCUGCUUUGAAUGAUUUAAGCAACCAACUCAGUUUAAUUUCGAGUUUAGCUACUCAACAAAGGAAGGACUAUGAGGAUCGAAUUAUGUUAUUAGAAAACAAGUUGAAGAGAUCGACGGCCGUGUAG